GAGUCUCCCUCUGUCGCCCAGGCUGGAAUGCAGUGGCACGAUCUCGGCUCACUGCAAGCUCUGCCUCCCGGGUUCACGCCAUUCUCCUGCCUCAGCCUCCCGAGUGGCUGGGACUACGGGCGCCUGUCACCGCACCCGGCUAAUGUUUUUUGUAUUUUUUUAGUAGAGACGGGGUUUCACCGUGUUAGCCAGGAUGGUCUCGAUCUCCUGACCUCGUGAUCCGCCCGCCUCGGCCUCCCGAAGUGCUGGGAUUACAGGCUUGAGCCACUGCGCCCGGCCAAUAAAUAUUUCUUGAUCGAAUAAGGAGAGUGGCUUGGAGUUUCAGUGAAAAAUAAUGUUCUUCCAACCACUAGGCUUGGUUUUCCGAUACCCCACUGGAACUGGAUUCUCCGGACUGAUACAUUUUCACUGUGUGGAGCUGACAGUCCUUUGACCUAGGGUCGCAGGUAGGAGCCCACUGGCCUGAAAGAUCCGAGUUUUCAACCUGCAGAAUCACCGCCAACAUAGGGUUGAGUCGAAGGACAUGAAUAUUUAUGACCCAAAAGCGACUGCUACGCCCUCUAGGCAAUGAGCUGGAAAGGGAACCUUCAAGGGCCACCGAAAUCCCAGGAAAGGCGCCAGAUUCGCUUUCUCCCGGCCUCGGGCAGAGCUCCCUACAAACUACCUCCUCCAGCGCGCCAAGCCGUUAGUCCCGCCUUAUCCCCUCGGCUCCACCUACCCAGCGCGCCCACAGUUACUAAACCCUAGCCGCCAGGGUGCCCGACGCGUUCCUAAGCCCCGCCUCCGGGGCAAGGGCGCGCUCCCCCUCCCAGCUCGGCCCAAGCAGUUCCGUUAGGAGCGGGAGGAAAAACCGUCUUUCGGGUCCCCGCCUCUCCACUCCUAACGCUUUACUCCCUACUCGCCCUGCGACCACUACACAGCCGGCUACGGAGGCCCCUAACGUACAAAUAUCCCCCAGGCCCUUGCUUAUCCUGAUAGGUUUUGUCCUUUCUUAAUCCACCCAGUACUAAGGCCUUAUGUUCAAUUUUUCUCUGGGAUUCAGACUAGAGAGUUUCUUCCGGCGUAAGGAACUUCAACGCUCUUCACGGAAGUAAAAGUGUUUUUUUGGUUGUUGUUGCCGUAGUGGCUGCCCGCAUUCCUUCCCUCCCACCUCGCGGAAUUGUGGCGGGAGGGGGAGGAGGAAGUCAGGGCGCCUGCGCGGAGAGGCCGCUUUCCAUCCGGGUCCCUGUCCGUGCGGUGCAGCAGGUCGGUAGGCGGGAAAUGGCGACUGGCUGAAGGAGCUGGUUCUGUUGCUGCUGCGGGUUAAGCGGGAAAGACACCACACAUUGCGCAGUCGGGACCAUCGCCGGAGCCUGAGGACACUUCUCUGUCGUCACAGUUAGUUUUACAUGUGGCACCCAUAAAAGAUGAGGCUGAGAACACGGAAAGCUUCUCAGCAGUCAAAUCAAAUCCAAACACAACGCACUGCCAGAGCAAAGAGGAAAUAUUCAGAGGUUGAUGAUAGCCUGCCUUCAGGAGGAGAAAAACCAUCGAAGAAUGAAACCGGCUUGUUGUCUUCAAUUAAAAAAUUUAUUAAAGGAAGCACACCUAAGGAAGAGAGAGAAAAUCCUUCAAAACGGAGUAGAAUUGAACGUGAUAUAGAUAACAAUUUGAUCACGUCAACACCAAGAGCAGGAGAAAAACCUAACAAACAGAUAUCUCGAGUAAGACGGAAAAGUCAAGUAAAUGGAGAAGCUGGUAGUUAUGAAAUGACAAAUCAACAUGUAAAACAAAAUGGAAAAUUAGAAGAUAAUCCUUCCUCUGGCAGUCCUCCAAGGACUACUUUGUUGGGGACCAUAUUUUCACCUGUCUUCAACUUUUUUUCACCAGCAAAUAAAAAUGGAACAUCAGGAUCAGAUUCUCCAGGACAGGCUGUGGAAGCUGAAGAAAUAGUAAAACAACUUGAUAUGGAACAGGUGGAUGAGAUCACUACCAGUACUACUACAUCAACUAAUGGAGCAGCUUACUCAAAUCAAGCAGUUCAAGUGAGACCAUCAAUAAACAAUGGUUUAGAAGAAGCAGAAGAAACAGUUAAUCGUGAUAUCCCACCCCUUACAGCACCAGUAACUCCAGAUAGUGGUUAUUCAUCAGCCCACGCGGAGGCCACCUAUGAAGAAGACUGGGAAGUAUUUGACCCCUAUUAUUUCAUCAAACAUGUCCCGCCACUGACAGAAGAACAACUAAAUAGGAAACCUGCUCUCCCGUUGAAAACAAGAAGCACACCGGAAUUCUCCCUAGUUUUAGACUUGGAUGAAACACUAGUGCAUUGUAGUCUAAAUGAGCUAGAAGAUGCAGCACUUACUUUUCCAGUCCUUUUCCAAGAUGUCAUUUAUCAGGUUUAUGUGAGAUUAAGACCAUUUUUCAGGGAAUUCCUGGAACGAAUGUCUCAGAUGUAUGAGAUCAUUCUUUUUACUGCUUCUAAGAAGGUGUAUGCAGACAAGUUACUGAACAUACUAGACCCUAAAAAGCAACUGGUCAGGCACCGGCUUUUCCGUGAACAUUGUGUUUGUGUACAAGGAAACUAUAUAAAGGACUUAAAUAUUCUUGGAAGAGAUCUUUCAAAAACUAUAAUAAUUGACAACUCACCACAAGCCUUUGCAUAUCAGCUUUCUAAUGGAAUCCCUAUAGAAAGUUGGUUUAUGGAUAAAAAUGACAAUGAACUCCUAAAAUUGAUUCCAUUCCUGGAGAAGCUUGUAGAACUGAAUGAAGAUGUUCGACCACACAUCAGAGACAGAUUUCGCUUGCAUGAUUUGCUGCCCCCAGAUUAAGUACAAAGACUUGUCAGAUCACUGAAGGGGGAGAGAAUGCAGGACCCUUUUGGACUAAGACAAAAACAUUGCCAUUACUGUUGAAAUUUUGCAUUUUUGUACCCCGUCUUGCUUUUCUUAUCUUUGGUGCCCAAUAAUAAUCAAGGGUUACAGAAAGAGACUUUAUCUAUCUCAGAUCGAAUACAUAUAGUAGGUAGGCUAAAACAGAAGAGUCUUUAGAACUAGUGCAACUCCAGUGAAAUUUUUUAUGUACAGGACAUCUGCAGUUUAUAAAGAAUUCUGUUUCUGCCACCAGCAGUUUGACCUGUAGUCACACAGGAUUUUAUGAUAAUAACAGAGAUGAAAAUGGACUUUUAUUUUCUCUCUGUUUGGUGCUCUAAGUGGGUUUGUAGCCACUUUUCUGUUACUUUAUGAUUCUCAUUUCAACAGGAAUGGCCAGUAAAAGUUGUUUUAUUUUUCCUGUUAAGGUUUAUAACCUUUUUACAUUUUUGACCUGUAUUAGAUUAGAAUUUCAUUAUGCAUUCCUUUUAGUUGAGGCGCUUCAUAGUUUUCUGGAGAUAGUCAAUUUUUAGUUUUUUAUUAUACAUUUGAAUGGCCGUUUUCCUGCUUUGUCUGCCUGCACAUUGUAUAUUUGUUUAAAAAUAUUCUCUACUUUUAGUCCACGUAAGUUUCAUUUAGAAAGACAUGCAUUUAUAUUUUGUUUCUGUAAUAUUCUACUGUAGGUGAAAUCUUUUCAAAAAUCGAGAGACUGGGUAGAUAAGAAUAUAUGAAUGACUAAUAUACAAAAGAUUUAAACCAUUGUGAUGGCGUAUAUUCUCAAAUGGUAAUAUCUUGCAAUGGCACACAGAUUCAAUGGAUAAAGGUAUACCUCAGACUUCACUGUGCUCACAAAUCUUUGAGGAGAAAGUUUGGUCACCUGUUUGGCUUGAUUUAGUUACUGCUGCCUUUGGUUUUCUCCAGGAAUGAAGUAUUCAGCACAGUGACUCAGUAUUUUUAGUUAUUUUGCAUGGGCUGGUAGUACCUCUGUUAUGCUCUCAGUUACAAUCAAUUUAAAACUGUGUAACAGUCUUGGUACCUAACAGUAGCUAUGCAUAAUCCUGUGGCACAGUAAACUCCCAAGCCACCAAUGCAGUUAAUAUGCUCUCAUAGUGGUUUUUCUAUGCUAUAUGAAAAUAGUCUUCAAGCCUUGGUUCUCUAAUGCAGCUACCACAAGAGGUUGAUAUUUUUAUAGUGGCGUGUAAUCUCCUUUUCGGGAGGCUUUUUAUGGAAGGUAGAAUUUGUAAAAGUUCGUAUGCUUUGCCUCUCAACUGCAUUAACAUGCCACAGGCUCAGACUGUUUUUGUGUAAAGGAUGUCAAAGAACGGCACUUUUUCUAAAGAGAAGUUUGAUAUUUUGUAUGCUUGUUAAGAAAGUACAGUAUUGGAAAUUAAAGGUGGACAACUGAUAAUUGAGGAGUAUGUCAAUUAAUUUUUUAUGUAUAUUACCUGUUUACUUGUACAACUUACUGUACAAAUUACAUGCAGCUUCAUUUUCAAAUGAAUCCUUAAAAUAAGGAAAUCUUUUUAGGAAAACAUUUAAUUUUUGUAUUUUUGAUUUUAAAGGCAUGAGUUAUGUCAAUUUUCAGUGUAUUAAUGAAGAUUUUAACUUUUCAUCAGGUUGAGUGUUUUCUUACUAUAUUAUCUGUUGUGUAUGUAGUUAGCAUAUUGUGUCACUGAACUGUUUAAAAAUCUAGCAUGUAGAGCAAGCCUGUUUUGUGGAAAAUCCUUAUUCAUUAAAAAAAUAAUCAUGGCAGAUUUUCUGCAAAAAAAAAAAAAGCAAAAGCAUUUGCAAUUCAGAAUACUGAUUUUUUUAAUUUUAUUUAAAGAAAGGUAUUUUGCUUGCAGGAAAAAAAUACAGAUUCAUUUUAAUGAGAAUCUUUGAAAUGUAUUUAUCUUUAGGGCAUCUGGGCAUCUUUAUGCUGUUUGUCUUCUGUCUUUCUUGAAAUAAAAUGUACAUACGUUACCUUUACAUAUGCUCUUGCUCAAAAUUGUGAACCUAGUUACAUUUCUCCCUGCUCCCUUCCUUUUUAUGUUAUGCUCAAACAGCGAAACCCAAAACUUAAAAGAUCUGAACUUUCAGCAUUCUGAUUGCUGAAAGAUUUCCUGAUUUAGUGCAUUCUCAAAGGGCUUUCCCAUAAUCUAAAGGGAAAAUGUAAGCACCUAUACUCUUGUGCCUGUGGGCACUUCAAUAAUAAAAACCAACUUUUUAAACUAAUCAUCUUUUAUCAAUGAUCAAGUUGUUUUCAGUCCCGCACUAGGAGAGUUCCUUUAAGUCAGCUGAUCAAGCAUAAGAUGCUUCCGUAAAGAAAUAAACUAAGAAAAUUUUAUAUGGCUUGAGAAAAUUUCUUGAGGCCAAAUUAAUAUAUUUUUUCUUCGUUACUUUGAGUCAUUUUAAAUUUGUUAAUACGAAAUUUAAGAUAAUUUACAGAGACAAUUUAGCCAGCUUUCUUCUACCUUAAUACAAUGUUUUGUCUUCCCAUUAUCCUCUCUCUUCUUUAUCUGUUGGUAGACGUAAAAAACUUCCAUUUAGUUAAUUGGAGGUGUAUAUUUUUUAAAUUGAAAUGUGCCCAGCCCCUUCAGCUCACACAGGAAACACGGACUCUUAAAAAACUGACUAGUAAAUGCAGGAGAGGUGGAUACCCGAUGAGACCACAGCGAAAGUGACCUGUGUACACAUUACAACUCUGGAGUACAUAUUAAAGUCGUGCUAUUUCCAGUGGUAAAUGUCUGACUUUUAAGACAUUCUUUUAAAUAUUUGUAUCAUUGUUAGGAUGUUUUAAUCAGUUGUUUUUUAAUUCCAUGUAAUAUAUGUAGCCCUCAUCAGAUUUAUAUCACCAUAUUUCUCCUUGUGUCCUAAGAGAAUUGAUGACAAUUCGUAACCAUAAAUUGUUUUAUAUUAGCUAGUAUGUAUAUUUAUUUUUACCCAAUGGCUUUAUCUGUUUCCCAAAAUUUGUUUGGGAUUUGUUGAAAGCAUUGUGUAACUUCUAUAAACGGCUAUUUUCUUGUAACUGUCAGUGAAAUGAAUGUGUACAUUGUUUUUUUGUAUUUCUCUGGGGUUUUUUUUUUUUUUCCAAGGGUUAACAUAGAAUGGUUUUUUUAAAAAAUUAUCUUUGGCCAAUGACUUUUUCAGCUAGAUCUUACUUUCAUUCAACCUUCUAAAGAAGUUUGUUUCUCAUUGUUUUGUUCCAUCAACUUGCCUGAAAAACAGAGACUUCAUCUCAUCAAUGAAGAAAGCAUUUCAUUAUUCCUACAAAUCUUUCCUGCGAGCACAGAAUUCUUCAUAAGGACCAGAUCUCUUCCAUGUCUGUGUCAAUCACAUAAAGCUAAAAUGUAAAGGACAUUGAAACCUUUAUUUAAUUGUACUAAUAUGAUGGUGUUAUAUACUACAUCAUUAGCUAGUUAAGGUUUUCUGACCUGACUUCUCUUUGUCUUCCUAGGUAUUUAUUUGUUAUCUCUUUUAAUCUUGUGUAUCUAAAUUAACUUAGUUAAGUUACCCACUGAAUAACUAUGCCAAGCAACUAGUAAAGAAUGUUUUAUUUCCCCUUAUAGGGGAAGAGUGGACUGGGAACAAAAAUGUAUGGGCCAAAAGGCCUUAGGGUUGUCAUUCAUUCACUUUCUUAUUCCUCUCAUGAGCUAUAAUUGAAUAUAGUAUUUUUUUAGUGCUGAUGUCAUUACUUCUCAUGUCUUCCCCUGAGUUGAAAGCCUACGACAAACCUGUAUAAAAUACAUUUAAGAAUUUUCAGAAUAUGAACCACAAAACUCAGUAUCUUAUAUUUAAAUGCUACUUAAGUUAUUAUUGGAAUCCAAGUCUCACUAACUAGGAUACAUUUUUAUAAAAUGUUUCUCUGUAUCUUGAAUUGAAAUUACUUGCCCAGAGGCAAGAGUUCUGGGGAUAUAACAUGAUUUGAGAUCUUUUUUAAAAAAGGGUGGGGCAGCGGGGGGGAGAGAGCGACAAGUUUGUACUAGUUUAUGCUUUUGAUAUUAGUAUUUUAAGAUACAUCAGUUGAUUCUGAAACCUGACCAUUAGAAUUACUCUGAGGAGCUUUUAAAAUAGAUUCCUGGGGCCUACCCCUGGAAAAUUGUCUCACUGGAUCUCGAGAGGGGCCUGAGAGUUCUGGCUUUUUUGUUUGUUUGGUUGGUUGGUUUUGUUUUUUUUCUUUAAAGCUCUCCUGGUGAUUCUAAUAGCCAGUAUUGGGUAAUCAAUGUUUUAGCUAAAUGUGACACUGGUUUGAGAGUAGGCAACAAAAUUAAAGUUCACCAGACAUCUCUUUGUGGUAGAGUUUUGUUUUGUUUUGUUUUGUUUUUUAAACUGGGACCAGAUUUCACAGAGCUUAUUCAAGAUACUUGGAGGAAUAAUAAAGAAGAUUAAGGCUACUGCUCAUUAUCAUUUUUGUCUUUCAUACUUUUUUAAGGGUUUGCAUUUCUAGGACUUGGAAUAGUUGACCAUAUACAUAGCUAAAGGACAUGUCCCUGAAUGAGACCAUUAUAUAUAUUAUCUGUAAAAUAUUUCACUAUUUUUUUAUUUUAUAAAUGUUUGUAGAAAUAAGCAAUGAAAUACUACUUUCAUCUUUUGAAAUGGGAUUUUUCAAGGCAGUGUCCUUUUGGCAUUAAGGUAGGGGGGAGUUAAUAUUCUCUCUGCCUUGUUUCCACGUGAAUCAAUAUAAAGUCAUGGACAUUUUAAAAUCUCAAUUUAAUUUCUUCUUAUUUACUAUGCAGUAUAGCCGUGAACAAGUAAUGUAGAUUUAGUUUUCUCAUCUUCAAAUGCCCUGAUCACCCUACCUCACAGGGUUGUUGUGGGGAUAAAUAAAACUUUUAUGGAAGCA